AUCUAUCAGUGACGGGGAUGUCUGACAGUCUUAAAAGCAGAGAUUGAAUAAAAUCACGUGUUGAAUAGGAAGAUGGCUGGACCAGCAUAACGGAUGUCUGGCUCUGACAUGCGUGAGCAGAGCAGUCACGAUGUUUAAAAAUCCCACAUGGUUGAACUGGGCGGGGUCUGCUGCCACACUGCGCGUGCGCAGUUCAUUAGUACUUUUAAUGUGAAGGAGAGAAUAUCUCCAUCCGCUCUGCUCGUACAGGAGUAAAAACUGCCGCUGCCCGGGAGAUGACGGUCACGCUGACCGCUCAAGAUUGCGUUGGAGCGGGCGGAACCUCACGGCGGCAGCCGCUCCUGCCCGAGGCUGGAGGAAAGUGUUCUGUCUGAGGAGAAGAGGUUGACGGUUCGAGGCCCUUCACCGGAUGACCCCCCUGCGUGUCUGCCUGCCAGAGUGCGAGAGAUCGUCACGAAGAACCUCAGUGACAGCACAGGGGAGAUGUCCUCGCUCAUGUCCCUCCAGGAGGAGAACCGGGUGCUGCAGGGCGAGCUGGCCCGGCUGGAGGACCUGCUGGCGCACAGCAGGGCGGAUCGGGACGAGCUCGCCAUCAAGUACGGGGCAAUCAGUGAACGGCUGGAGCAGGCUCUACGCUCAGAAACGGGGGAGGGAGAGGCCGACUCACAGGCGUCCCGCAGCCUGGCUCAGCAGAAUGUGGAAUUGCGCCGACGGCUGGACGAGGAACAGGCUGCAUACAGGCGCAAACUCACCGCCUACCAAGAAGGCCAGCAGAGGCAGGCGCAGCUGGUGCAGAAGCUUCAGGCCAAGGUGCUUCAGUACAAAAAGAGAUGUGGGGAUCUGGAGCAGAAGCUGCAGGAGAAGUCCUCAGAGUUAGAGAAAUGCAGUGAGCGCAGUGAAACGUCUAACGGUCGCCAUCACGAGGACUCGAGCAGCAGUUUGGAGGAGGCUUUACUACACCUGGAGGAGGAGCAACAGAGGAGCAGCAGUUUAUCUGCAGUGAACGCCAUGCUGAGAGAACAGUUGGAGCAGGCCGGCUUGGCCAACGAGGCUCUGAGCCGGGACAUCCGGAGGCUCACCGCUGAUUGGACGAAAGCCAGAGAGGAGCUGGAACAAAAGGAGUCGGACUGGAGGAGAGAGGAGGAGUCUUUCCACAGCUACUUCAGCAGUGAACACGGUCGACUGCUGACCUUUUGGCGACAGGUGGUGGGGUUCAGGAGGCACGUCUGUGAGAUGAAGAGCAGCGCUGAGAGGGACCUGUCAGACAUGCGGGGCGAGCUGGUUCGGAUGUCCCACUUGGUCCAGGUGUCCUGCGCGGGUCUGUCCGCCGUGCUGCGCAGUCAGGAAGCAGGAACGGCUCUAGCCCUGGAGCAGGAGAGAGCUCUGAGGGAUCAGCUGGAGCAGCAGCUGAGAGGUCAAGUCAAAGAGACGAUGAACCUUCAGAGCAGAGCCGAUGCAGAGAGAAGUGAGCUGAGCCUCAGGCUUUCAGAUGCGGCUCAAGAAAAUGAAAGACUAAAAAGUCAAAUGGAAGAAAGAGACCGUGAGAUCGACAAUCUGAGCAGGAGGCUUGAGGAGCAGAGCCGCAGCGAUGAGACGGACUCCCAGCUGCUGAGGGCUCAUUGCAACGCUCUGUUGGACACGCUGAAGGACAUCGCUCAGACGGUUCUGUCAGACGGAGAGUCGUCUUCAGAGGCCGAUCCGGACAACUCGGCGGUCGUGCUGCAGGCGCUGAUCCGUGACUCCUCCCCUCAACGCUCCUCCCAAACCAGCUCCUCGUUGUCCCCUCUCCCGGAAGCGGCGCUGUCUGCGCUGCGUUCGGUGGUCACAAACAUGAUGCUGCAGCUGCAGGAUGUUCGAGGUCGUCUGCUCUCUGCACAGUCCUCUGCGCAGAAGUUUCGCAAGCAGCUGUCAGAAAUCGACUCUGCUAAAAGAGACGCAGACCAACGAAACCAAGCUCUGCAGCGAGACAAGGACGCUGCUCUCAGAGAGCGGGAAACUGCCCAGAGGGAGAAGGAGCAACUGAAGCAAGAGAGAGACAAGCUGGCCAGUGAGAAGGCCAACCUGGAGAAGGCUGUUCAGGCGCUGCACAGCAGCAACCAGAUGCUGCAGAUGGACUACGAGAAGCUCCAGCUGGCUGUGGCUUCUGCACAGCGAGAGCGAGACCGCGAGAGGGAGGAGAAGGAGGCUGCCAUCCAUGACGGGGAGCGCUGGAAGACGGAGAUUCAGAGGAUACAGAAGCAGAGGGACCAGAGUGAAAGUCGAGCCUCGGCUCAGCGGGGAGAACUGUCUGCAGUGUUACAAACUCACCAGCAGGGGGAGGUGGAGAGGCAGCUGCUGGAACAGGAGAGUGCCCACCUUUCAGAGGCCCUUGCUCGGGCUGCAAGCACCAACAAAGAGCUGUCGCUGCAUCUGAGCAAGCUGCAGUAUGAAGAUGCAGCUCUCAGAGACUCUCUCACAAAGAUGGGAAACCUGAAUGAGGGUCUGGUCCAGGACAAGGUGGACCUUAACAAGUAUAUUCUGCAGCUUGAGGAGGAGAAGGCCGUCCUACAGGCUCAGAAACGGGAGGCGGAGCAGGAGAAACUGUCCAUCAGGGACGAGCUGGUCCGGCAGGAGCAGAACCGACUGGAGUUGGAGUCUUCCCGCGUCACACUGCAGCAGUCUCUGCAGGACACCGAGUUCAGUCGGGUGGGCGUGGAGGCAGAGCUGCAGAACCUCAGGGCUGAACGACUGAAGCUACAGGAAAAGGUCGCCCAGUUGUGUGGUGAGGUGGCCUCUCUAGAUUCAGAGUUGAGUCUCGCCAAGGGGGAGGGCCAGAGGAGCGAAAUGGCCUUGGAGGAAGCCGGCCGCAGUCGAGCAGAACUGACCAAAGACAAAGCAGCUCUAGUGGUUCAGCUGACGGCAUCUGAGAGAGAAAACGCAAUGCUAGCCGAGGAACUGACAGCUUUCAGGUCGGAGCGGGAGACCCUGGAAACGAGUCUCUUUGAUGCGCAGCAGCAGCUUUUGCAGGCAGAGUCUUGCAGGGAACAGCUGGAAGCAGAAAACCAAAACCUCCGCGUUCGCUGUGAAACUGCCACAGUGGAGCUCAGGCGUUUGCGCUCAGAUGCUGAGAAUCAGCUGGCCCAGGCUGAGAGAGACAAACAAGCGCUGACUCAAGCUCUCAGCGCCGCUCAGCUGGAGGCCCAGCAGGCUUCACGCAAGGCCACCUCCGAGCAUCAGGAGGAGGUGGAGAGACUGGCCUUAGAGAAGGAAGUCGUGCGGCACAGCUUGCAGAUGGAGCACGAGACGGCUGUCCGGAAACUCCGACAAGAAGUCGAAGAUCAGCUCCAGAAAGCCAGGAGAGAAAAAGAGGAGCUGCAGGACGGACUGAGGGCUCUGCAGCACGAGCGAGAUCAGAGCCUGCUGCAGGCGGAAACGGAGAAACAACAGGCCCUUUCACUGAAGGAGGCAGAGAAAACGGUUUUGUUGGAGAAGGUGUCCGGUCUGCAGGCUGAUCUGUCAGCGCUGAGCCUGGAGGCUGAGCGGACAGCCAGAGAAGCUGCCCAGUACAAAGAGCAGGAGCAGAUCAGAGUUGGGGCUCUAACCAGCGAACUGCAAGAACUUCGGUCACAGAUGGAAGAUGCAGCGGCCGGUCAUGAAAGGGACAUCCUGAGUCUGAACGAAACCUGUGCAGACCUCCGUUCUCGUGCUGAUGUUGCCCUCAAAGAGCUGGAGCAGUGCAGAGCUUCUCUCUCUGCUGCUGAGGAGAAUCGAGAGCAGCUGAGGCGGGACUUCCUGGAGACGGAGCGCAGACUCACCCAAACUCAGGAAGCGUCAGAAAACCACCGGAGGGAAGGAGCCGAGCUGCGGCGCAGCCUCUGUGAUGUCACCAGGGAGAGAGAUGCUCUCAGCCAAUCAAAUGCUCAGCUGAGGGAAGCUCUCCGAAGCGCAGAAACGGAGAGAAUAAGCGUGAAACGGCAGUGUGAGGAGAAGGAGCAGCGGCUGGUUGUGCUGGAGGAGAGCCUGUCCUCCUCGCAGAAGGAGGUGGCAGAGCUGCGGAGUUGCCUGAGGGAGGUGGAAAGGUCCCGCCUUGAGGCUCGCCGUGAGCUUCAGGAGCUUCGGAGACAGCUGAAGGUUCUGGAUGCAGACAGAGAGCAGAAAGGGAGGGAGCUGGCGGAGCUGCAAACCCGCUUGUCGUUGGAGGAGCAAAGAGAGGAGGAAAGAGGAAAGGAGGUUUUCAUUUUAAAACAGAAGCUCGCUGAAACCCAAACGGCCAGAGAGUCCCUCAAGAGAGAGCUCUCCAUGACACAGAAGCGUCUGGUGGAGUCCGAGUCCGGCUGGCGCAGCUGUGAGCGGGAGCUGACGGCACAGCUGCAGGAGGCGCGAGGCUGCGAGAAGAAGCUCCAGGAUGAGGCCAAGAACCUGUCGGUGCGCGCGCAAGCGGCGCAGGAAUCCGCCGCUCAGUGCAGCCUGCAGCUCAGCGAGGCGCAGGGGAGACUGACCGCCACCGAAGCUGAGCUGACGCGGGCGGAGGCCUCCAAGAGGGAUCUGGAGUUUCGCCUCAGCAGCCUCCAGUCGGCGCUGACGCGAACGCUGGGCAUCGGGGCAAGCGGCAGGGCGAGCAGGGGGAGGAGUCCAGGCGGGAGCUCUGCAUCACCUGGCAGUAUCUCCCGUCACCACAGCAUCUCACCUUUGCGCCCUUCGCUGUCGCCCCCUAAAGAAUUCAGAGGAAGCACGCCUGAUAACACCAUGGGAUCAGGAGCUGUGUCUCCUGAAGGAGGCGGUACUCCUUUGCCUCCCGCUCAGCCAGAGCUGGAUCCCGACACGCUGCGCAGUGGCCUCAGAGACUUCCUGCAGGAGCUGCGAGACGCACACAGACAAAGGGAUGAUGCCCAAUGCCAGCUGAUGACUCUGCAGCGGGAGCUGGAGGAGCAGAAGCUGGAGCGAGAAUGUGCCGAGAACCGCUCCACUCAGCUGCAAAACAGCCUGAAGGAAUGCCAAGAAGGGAAGCGUGGACUUGACGACCGUCUGACCAGCACUCAGAUUCUCCUGCAGCAGCAGGAGGAUGCGGUGAAGAGAGUGGACAGAGAGAGGAGAGCUCUUGCCGACAGGGUGAGGGAGUUGGAGCGCUCGCUGCACACCGCAGAGAUGGAGAAGAAGCACACUCAGGAGCAGUUGAAUAAGCAGCGGGCCACUGAGGCACGCCUGGAGGCGGAGAGGAAGCGCCUGCGGGAGGCUCUGGAGGCCGCCGAAGCUCGAGCCACCCGGGUGGAGCUGGGGAGGCGCAGCCUGGAAGGGGAGCUGCAGAGGCUCAAACUCGGUCUGGGAGACCGGGAGGCUGAAAGCCAGGCCUCACAGGAGCGCCACGACUGUUUGCUCAGACAGGUGGCGGAAGGAGAAGCACAAGUCUCUCUGCUGCAGACAGAGGUGGACAGACUGAGUCAAGCUCUGCUGAAAGCUCAGGAAGGGGAAGCUGCUCUGAAGCAGAAGGUCACGACUCUCAGCCAGAGCCUCCAGGAGGCUGCAGCUGAUCACAGCAGCACGCAGACUCGCCUCACUGCUCUGCAGAAAACACUGAGCUUGGUGGAACAGGACAAAAGACUUCUGCAGGAGAAGAUGGAUGAAGCCCGCACUUCUGUAACUGAAGCAAAGAGAAGCAUGUUUGCUCUCACUGAGCGCGUGCAGAGCCUCCAGGGUGAGCUGACCCAGAGUGAACUGCUGAGAGAGGAGCUGGAGGCGGAGCUUAAGAACACACAGGAGGCACUCCGACAGCGCUCAGGAAGUUUGGCAGAGACUCAGCACAGCAUCCAGAAAGCUCAGACGGAGCGGGCAGCUGUGGAGGAGCGUCUGCUCGCACUGCAAAGAGCUGUGGCUCUGCUGGAGACAGAGAAAAAAGAUGCAGAGAGGCAAGCUGCAAGGCUGGAGAAGGACAAGGAUGCACUGAGGAACACGUUGGAUAAGGUUGAAAGGCAGAAACUGAAGUGUGAGGAGGGCAGCAUGCGGCUCUCAGCAGAGAAGACCCGGCUGGACCGCUCCCUGAACGCAGUGGAGCAGGAGCUGCAGGAGGCGCAGCAGCAGAUGCUGAUGCUGCAGACUCAGCUGGCUGAGAUGGAGCAGGCCCACAGUGGGUGUGAGGGUUUGCUGCGACAGCGGGAUGAAGCUCAGCAGGAGGCGGAGAAACUGAGGAACAGCUGUAAGGACCUGGAACGCACUCUGAGCACCAGAGAACGAGCCCACCGGCACCGAGUCAAAGGACUGGAGGAGCAGGUGUCCACUUUGAAGGAGCAGCUGCAGCAGGAGAUGAAACGGCGGCAGCCUCCUCUUCCGUCCACGUUUACGUCCACUGGGAUCUGAGAGGCGUGGCUGAUCCUGAAGCAGCUUCUGGUUCAGGGAAACAUGAGAACAACUCCCAGCACUCCAUUUCCACUCCUGAUCAUAGAUGUUUACAGCAGUCUAGCCCUUGUGCUAUCCGGUGGGGUCCAGAUGACCCCACUCCCAAUGCUAACGUGCCUCCAAGGCACGUUAGC